UAUGUCAAAUUUCUGCAAAGAGAUGGAUUAUAAAAUUUAAUGUGUCGAAAGUUAAAACACUGUUUAUGUAAUUAUAACAUCCCAUGUUCGAAUUUAUUAUCGGUUAAGAAAGCAGCAAAUGAAAUGUCGGUCCAACUUGUCGAUUCGAGUGGUAAAGAUGAUUUGAAAACACAAUUUGUUACUCGUGAAGGAGAGUAUAGAUUGAUGACGCUGUCGGAAUACUCUCGACCUAAUCGUGUUGGAUACCAAAAUAAUCAAAGUAACCCACAAGUGAGAGUUUCGUUAGUGUCUCUACCAUCACAAAUAGCCCACCAAAAUCAAGCAUCUGUGGGAAGCCACAGUGGAAAUAUAAAAACUACAUCAACAGCGGUCGCGACUACACAGCUCGCAAAUCAUUUAGAACAAGUUCCAAAUACAGUAAAUGGGCUCUCGCAAAGUACUGCACUUGGAGGUGAUCGAAUAUGCUUCAAUUACGGAAAAGAACUCUAUGUUUAUGCAUAUCGCGGUGCAAAAAAGCGGAUUUCAAAAUAGUGCAAAUACUAAUAAUAGCGGACAGAACUCAUUAUCAAUUAAAGAUGGUAACAAAUCAAUAGCUAAUACAGUUCACGAUACUGUAGAUAAUGCUAACUUUAAUGUUAAAAACGCAGCUCCAACUAAUACCAGUUUAAGUUCUGCUAUAAAUUGUGAUGAUAGUAAUAAAAGUAAUAACAGUAGUGAUAAGGGAUCAUCAAGCAGUGUUGAUGGCAAACAUUUAAGGAAUCACCUCACUAUAGGCAACAGAGUUGGUAGUUGUGGCAGUAACACUUGCAUCUCUACGACUUCCACUAGAAAAGAGAAGGACACUAAUAACGAUAAGAAUUCAAAACCAGAUUCUAACCAUCACCAAUCGGCGCUAAAUACGAUUACACAGCGAUUAUCUCAUUUUAGCUUUGGAAAUAGUGGCAGUAACUGUAGCAAUAACAGUGAUAAAAGUGAGAAGUCCGCCAAGAGCAGUACUAGCAAAAGAAAUAUCAUAUCGUUUUCUGGAAAAACUAAUAAUAAUAGCAAUAUUUUAUGCAAUAGUUCAAACAACAAUCAUUUUCAAACUAAUGCACUGAACAACAGCAGCCAUGUAAACAACAAUGUUGAUCAGUCUAUUUCAACGUCGUCAUCUAGCAGUGGUAACGGUGGGGGUGGUAUUUCUAAUACUAUUACAUCAAUCAUGACCUCAUCACUAACUAAAAGCAAACGGAUUGAUGGCGCAGUCCCGAGCUGUGGAGGAAACAGUAUUGUUUCAUCAUAUGAUCCCAUGAAACUUAUCGGUACUCCUGCGUGUCCACGUUAUGAUGACUGUCCAGUAUUAGAACCGUUGGUGUGUAAAAAGAUUGCUCACGAGCGGCUAACGGCAUUAAUUUUUCGUGAAGAUUGCUUUCUCACCGCGUGCCAGGAUGGAUUUGUGUAUACUUGGGCUAGACCUGGGUUCCUGAAUCUACCACAGCAUUUACCUUCAAGUCCAACGGCGCCUCCAGGUGGUACAGUAGUAUAAAGCACUAUUAGUAUUAGUAGUUGCAAUUUUAACAGAAACCUAUAUUUUAUUGCCUUUCCCAUUUUAGGAAUACUUUAAGUGUUUUAUAAUUUGAUAUGAACAAAUUUGCAAAAUAUGAUCAAAAUUUCGAUUAUAUAGGAAGAUUAUUCAACAUGUAAAUUAACGCGAUUUGUUGCAAGUAAAACAAUAGAAUAUAAUAAAAGCAUUGCUAAAGAAUAUAGCAAAAGCGGUUUAUCUGUAUUUCUGUACAUACCUAUUUAUUAUCCUUACAUUAUAAUAUAUUACCAUAAUGAUUUUCAUUAUAAAUAUUAUGAUUUUUGUUACUGUCUGAAUCUUAAUACUUGGAAUAUUCUUAUAAUCUAAUCCAUAAGUAUCAAAAUAGCUAAAUAACUGAAAUGAACAUACAAAGAGUAAUCAGUAGUAAUAAAUAUUAAAUGCGUAAAAAAUGUCAUUCAGUUGCGCUAAACGUUUCGGAAUCGUCCAAAACAGCGAAUUAUGGUCGAAGUUCUUAAUCUUCGUUACACCAAAGACAACUAAAUUUUAUUUAUUUGAUGAAUGCACGUGAAAAAACAGUGCACGCUGGUUUCUGGAGCUUUAUUUUGUCCGUAAAAAACGCUAACUCUUGAAGAAGAAAUUAGUGAACAACUGUGUUAUUAGGGUUAUUAAAUUGUAAUACUUCAUAAACAUUUUUAUAAAAUAUUAUUUAAGUCAGUUAAGAAAAAAAAAUUUAAAAAUUGAUGGAAUAAGGCGUGAAUAAUGAUUAUUAUAUUAGUAAAAGAGACACUAUUGUUUACAAAGCAUUGAAACUUGAUGAAUAAAACUCAUGUUCAUAAACAAAAUGUUCGCAAAGCAUGAUAAUUAAAGG